AUGCCCAGCAAGCCUCCUGCCGCCCCGAGCCAGCUUUCCUCUGCUCCCACCUCCACUGCCCCUCCUGUCACCGCUGCUACUGCCUCUGCUGCUACUCCUUCCACUUGCUCCUCCACCACUCCAGGUAAUGUCCCCGCCAGCCUCCCAACUGCCCCCACCUGUCAGGGAGUUCCAGGGGAGAAGCACUUGCCCCGGCUCAUCAUCAGCAACUUCCUGAAGGCUAAGCAGAAGCCAGGUGGCACCACCAACCUGCAGCAGAAGAAGAGCCAAGCCCGCCUGGCCCCCGAGAUCGUGUCUGCCUCCCAGUACCGCAAAUUCGAUGAGUUUCAGACAGAUACACUCAAUGACCAUCUGCGUUUUGGCAUGGAUAUGCAGGCCACCCACCUGGACAAACUGGAAAAAAUUCCAUGCCUGUUCACCCUUCCCCCACCUCAAGAGUCAUUAAGGGGCUAUAUACUGUAUCAACAUGAACAGGAAGCGAAUUUGGUGGAUAUCCAGAGCCACAAGUAACCUGCUGACGAGAACCCCCAGGUCGCCCAAAAUCCUCUGGCUCCCAACUUGGUCCUGCUCUAUUGUUGGAAGGGCAUGACUCAAGAGCAGUCAUCAGCCAUCAGGAAAGUACAAGAGAUACAGCACUAUGAAAAGGAAGCACAAUGCCAGGCCAAACAAGCACUGGAUGCUGAAUGGGAAAAACAGACCAUACUCUCAGCCCAGGCAGCCCUAGAGCUGGAGCAGCAGGAGAAGGAAUUAUGUGCUGAAUUUCAGAGGGGGCUAGGCUCCUUCAAUCAGCAGCUGCCUAAGGAGCAAAAAGCCCAGCAGAAUUAUCUGAAUUCCAUAAUCUACACCAAUCAACCUACAGUCCAGUAUCACCUACAGUUUAACACCAGCAGCUGUUGA